AUGAGCGUCGCAUACGAGCCACGGUCCUUCAUCCAUGAGGGCGCAUACCCCCCCAUAGGCGACGAACACGAUCACGUUGCCGAGCAGCGUUAUACCGACUCCGAUGUUGCCGAGCACCUCAGCCAUUAUACCGCCGAGGCCUCUCUGCUACCAGACGACAGAGGCGUCAUCGGGGACGAAAGGGACAUUCUAGCUGACGACGAUGCUGUCGUUCCAGAAGCGUCUCAGCUCGACCUUGGAGCACCAGAAUUCUCAUCACCUCUUCAAGUUGCACUACAUGCCCCGCCGCUGCCAGAUCCUAUACCAGAAAACAAAGAGCCUUCACGAAGCGAUAUAUCUUCGCCGUCCUCACGGCUAAAACAGAUCCCCAAGCCAGAACGUGAGGUUCACAAGAAGUCGGAUGGGAAGUUCCACUGCCCGCUGGAUGACUGUAAGGAGGACAUCCGCGCAUUCUCUCGAAAGUGCGAGUGGAACAAACAUAUGGAUAAGCACGAACGUCCUUAUCGCUGCCCAGCCGAAGGUUGUGAGAACCUACCUGGAUUUACAUAUUCUGGCGGCCUGCUCCGGCAUGAGCGAGAGGUUCAUGGGAAGCACGGCGGUCCCAAGAACACUGUCAACUGCCCACAUCCCAACUGCAAGCGACAUACCGGCAAGGGCUUCUCUCGGCAGGAGAAUCUUAACGAGCAUCUUCGACGAGUACACACAAACAUGGACACCUCAGCAUCUCCAGUUGAGAUUGUCGCCUCUCCGGAAGACGAUGAGAGCGAGAAAUCUGGGUCGAAGCGCAAACGCCGUCUGAGUAGCCAGGGAAUAGACGAACUGUCUGAUCUUCGAGACGAAAUCAAGAGAGUGCGAGAGGAAAACGAAAAACUCAAGUCCGAGAUGGAUCAGCAAUCGCAGCACUCCCUGGCCAUGAUGGCGCAGAUUGCGGAGCUGCAAGAUGCCUUGCGUCACAGCCUCAAUCCUCAUGGACUUGGAGCUCCAACGGCACAGAUGAUCUAG